AUGAUACCGCCCAAUAAUAAUGGUCAAGGACAAUAUACGUCCUAUGAUCCUCGCCAACAGCAAGUCUACCAAUUCUCCCCCGGUUCGAUAUCCACUUCUUCAUCUUUUCAAUUGAACCCACCUCCUCAUCCUCAAUUCCUCCGAGGACCAAGUGUUAGUCCGGAGGAUUCGUAUUCAUUCGCCCAAUUACCGGUGGGUGGUAUUCCGAAUGCGGGAAUGGCUUUUACUCAACAGCCACUCGGUCAGUCUCAAGCAAGUUCCAGUUCGAGUAGUCUCCAAAUGAACAUACCACCUCCUAUCCCUAUACAACCUCAUUCCAGAGCUUCAAUCUCUUCAAAUUUGCUCGACGGCGAUAACGAACCUGACAAUAGCUAUGUAUCGGACGCAGACGCAGAGAUAGAAGGUGAAUUUGAAAUGGACCCAGAACAUAGCAGACUUCCUGAUGGGAUAGGUUUUCCUCCCGUACCCAGUCGAAGGGAAACCUACGGGUCGUUAUCUGGGUCAACGGACUCAAUGGUAGAUGGUUCGUUGGAUGCGGGCGAAGUCAAGGAACCAUCGAAUAAAAGGAAGCCAAGAAUAACCCUACCGAGAGGUCGAGCAUGCGUUGCUUGUAGGAAAUGUACUGGCGAUGCACCCUGCAAGACCUGUCAGAAGGCAGGCAUCGAAUGUCGAUACGAGGAAUUACCAAGGAAGAAGCCACGAGCGAUGAUUCUGGAGGAAAGAGUUGCCGAGCUGGAAGCUUGUCUGAACUUGCGCCCGAACGAUCCUGUACCCCCAAGAUUUCAACCAUAUCAGCCAACAUCUGUACCCCAGCCGGUGCACUAUGCUCCUCCACCCCAUUCCUCGAACAGUUUGUCCUUCGAUUCCCGACCUCAGUCAGCCACAUCAGUCACAUCUCCACCUUCUUCCCUCAGCAACAACGCUGCCAACUUCUCCUUAGUAUCCCAUAUCGAUAUCGCCCAUCCCAUGCCCAGUCUCAACCCUUCAAGAACGGAUAUACCGCCCAACUCGGCAUUGGAAUUGGCACUUGUCCAAUCGAUACUUCCUUUCGCUCCUUUCAUAGGUCUACCACUUCACUCUGCGAGAUUCAUCGCCUUACUCACACUUCCUCCAACCGACCCAAGACGGCCUCAUCCAGCACUGCUGUACAUCCUCUUCGCUCAAGCUGUCAGGACCCUCGAACUCGAUCGACCAGUACCGCGCAUACCGUCAUUACCGUCUGGGAUGUUCCCUGGAUCAUUCGCCUCUCCAUUUCCUCAGCCCAAUAUCGACCGGAACCUCAUUCUGUCCCAAGUUGGGGGAACUUCCCUGAUCCUCUUAGAAAGAGCGCGGCUGGAAUUAGAUAGAGGUAUAAGGAAUGUCGAUCGAACGUUCGAUCUCACUCGAGCUGCGAUCGGUAUAGCCUGGAUGUUAUAUAGCAUGGGGCAUUUCAUCGAAGGUUGGAACAUCCCCGUCUCAAGGCUAUUGAUAAGCUGUGGAUUGCAUCGGAUUACUGGGACAUACAUUCCACCAGAAGGUGGAUCAGGUAUAGAUCCAGAUUUGAUACCUAAACCUUAUGCUCCUUCUCAUCAAUACGCUCAUUCACAUUCCCUUCGACAUCCUUCCAACCCCUUCACCAACAAUGCCGAUUUCCCAGUAGUGAGGAUGAGACCAAUCAUUAUUCCACCAGCGAGGGAUGAGAUUGAAUUGGCGGAAAGGGUAGCUACAUUCUGGGCAGCGAAGAUGCAGGACUGGGAAGCGGGUAUAGGAUGGGGUUGGACAGUCAGCUUGGCAGAUGAAAUUUGUACGACAGAGUGGAGCUGGGGAAGUGGACCAGUCGAGACCAAACCAUCCAGUACCGUGAGCGAAAAAUACAGCAUUCGCGAUCUAUAUGAUCCCUCUUCGGCGGUUCACUCGACUCCUACGCUCGACACAACCUAUGUUCUAGCCAUAAAAAGCUUGGCAUUGCUCCAUCGAGCUAGCGCCCUUUAUGACUUGCCUGAAUCAUCUUAUCCGAUAACAUUACCGGAUGGUCGAGUUGCCACAUCCACUAUCGCACCUCUCACUUCGAUCCAAUCCGUUCAAGUGGCUUUGAGCAACCUCAGACAACGUGUACCAGACAUAUUUCAGGAUUACACCCAAUACACUUCUCCGCCCUCUGAAGUCUUGUACGAAGGCCUUUGCGAUCCUUGGUGGAUAAUGUUCCAUUCGAACCUGUACACAGCGGAGAUGUUAUGCUGGAGGGAACUGGCGGAUCACCAUCCGACCGUAUACGAGAAUGCGGUCAGGUCAGCUAGAGCAUUGACCAAUCUCGUUAGGAGGGUUCCCAAUGAUUCUUGGGCUAAUCUCGAUCUCGUUGUGGCCCUCAAUCUAUCUCUCACUUCCAGAUUCCUCUUCAAGGAAUCAUCGAGAUUGCUAGGUCUUCCCCAGACCAACGCCGAGACCAAUCGUAUGGCGGCGGUUAUAUCGGCGGACGCUGAAGUACUGAGACAAGCUCUGAGCGGGACAUACAACAGGUACAGUCCGAUUGCUGGAAUGCACAGUCUGAUAGUGCAGAGAGUCAGAGAAGGUUGGCCAGAGAAAGAAGGGGAAUACGAGAGGAUCUAG